AUGUCGUCGCUGCAGUCGAUAGUCAAUGCUGCUUACAUGAUGUACUUCCUUGCCGCCAAAGCCGUGCCUGUCAUUGCUGUAGGGUCAUCCAUUGUAUUCUCCAUCUCUCCCUGGCCCACUAUCAGCACUAUCCGUCGUGCUCGCAGCACGUUACAGUUCUCGUUCGCCCCAUUCUUUUUCUUCUUUGUACAGAGUAUUAUCUAUACUUUGUAUGGCUGGACAACAAAUAAUCCUGUAGUAGGUGGGACUUCACUGCUUGGAGUCGUGCUGGGUUCGUACUAUGUCAUGAUCUUUUGCAAAUACACACACGACCGGACACAAGCGACGAGAAUGUUGACAUCAGCUAUGAUAGUGAUCAUAUUACUGACCCAUCAGGUGGCUACACGGCUACCUGAGGAGACGCAGACAAUUGUGGGUAUCCCAGCCAACAUCUUGUCCGUCUUUACGGCCGCCUCGCCAUUGUUGCAACUUAAGAACAUUUUGCGACGCAAAGACGCCUCUUGUUUGCCAUUAGGUAUGUCGGCGAUGACUGUUGUGGCUGGAACUAUUUGGUCCAUCUAUGGAACGAUGCUGGGUGAUCCACUGGUCAUUUGCCCUAAUUUAUUUGGACUGACGAUGGGAGUGAUUCAAGUGUCGCUGAUUUUGCGUUAUCCUGGAGUCAAGGGCAGCAGUAGUGUGGAGCCAGAGACCAAGCUGUCGUCUCCUACAAAGCUGACAAAGAAGCCCAGCCCUCGUAACAUGAAGAAAGCCGACCAUCCAGAAUAA